CAAUCGAGAAACGUCAGAAAAGGGUGUUCUUGUUUUGAAAGAAAAAAGGGACGGCACAGCACGGAAAGUGAAAAGUUAGAAUUCUGCGUGUGCCCUACUAGCCCGUGUGUGCCGCGCGAAAAAUGAUUGCGUAAAGUUUUCCCCCGAUUCGCGCGACCAUAAGCGUGGUGCUAGUUCGUGUGUAGUGUUGUUGUGCAUCGGUUUUCCAGCCCGCAACUGUGUGUUGCCUUCCCUGCUAGGAGGGUUUGCGACAUCAUCCGCCCCGUUUUUUUCAGCCCACACCAGUGUCUGCCACUCGCGCCUACGCCGUAACAUGUCGUUUUCCUUCAAUCCGCUCGGGCCGGGGCUGCAUCCAAUGCAUCCACUGCUGUCCGGGGGUGGAGGUUUUCUUACCACCCAGCAGCUCGGGGCCCCACCGCCCACGCCCGCCAAUGCCGCCCUGCUAGCCGGCAUCAACAACAAACCGCUCGAGUUUAAGCUGAAACCAGUCCAGAACGGUUCCGGCGCGGCACCGAUGGAGCUGGAAACGGUGGCCGAGCGGGAAGCGAUCAAGGAUCACGGUGGCAAUGCGUUGGCCGCCAUGGAAAAGGCACGCGAGGAAAGCAUCAGCAAGAAGAUGCUGGAGGAACUGCACAAGCAGCACCAAACGGCUCAGCUGCAGCAUGCGAACGGGGGCGAGCUCGUGUUCAACCAGCUGCUCCAGCAGCACCAGUCUGCCGCCGCCGCCGCCCACCACCACCACGGUUUCAUGAUGAUGCCAGGCGUGAUGAACAUGGUCGACGGCACGUCCCUGAUCAGCAUGCAGCCGUUCCAAAUGAUGGCCCCCGGGGCGGAACUGUCCAGUGCACUGGGUGGAACCGCCGCCACCGCUCAAUCAGUGGCCGGCGGGGGUGGUAGUGGUGGUGUUCCGAGUGCCACAGCGCCCAGCGCCGCCACCAACGCGGAAAAGCCACCGGCCACGGCGAAGGAAAUUAUUUACUGCAAAAGCUGCACCCUGUUUCCGCCGAACCCGAACGCGCCGGCACCGAAAACGAUCGAGCGACCGCCCGGCUGCCGGACGGUGUUCGUCGGCGGCCUGCCCGCCGGCAUGACCGAGGAGGUGAUGCGGGAAAUCUUCGAACGGUGCGGCGAGAUCACGACCCUGCGGCUGUCGAAGAAAAACUUCUGCCACAUCCGGUACGUGUACGAGGCGUCGGUCGAUUCGGCCAUCUAUCUGUCCGGCUAUCGGGUGAAGAUCGGCAGCAACUUCACGUACGGUGGCGGUGGCAGUGCGGAGCCGAAAGAGCCCCCGAUCUUUGGCGUGCUGCACGUGGACUAUGCGCAGGCGCGCGACGACCAGUACGAGUACGAGUGUAAGCAGCGCAAGCUGCAGCGCGAAAAGCGCCACCGGGAGCGGCUGGAGGAGGACCGGUUCCGGUCGCUGUCGCCGCAGCCCGUCGUGCACUAUACGGAGCACGAGGCCGGCUCGGUCGCGGAGCGGCUGAAGAACGACGAAACGUUCGCGAAGGCGGUGCAGACGCUGGUGACGUGGCUGGAGCGGGGCGACUGCAGCAAGAAGAACGCGAACAACUUCUACUCGAUGAUACAGAGCACCAACUCGCACGUCCGCCGGCUGCUGAGCGAGAAGAGCGUGUGCGACGAGGAGCUGAAGCGGGCCCGGGAGCAGUACCGGCGGCAAACGAAGGGCAUGCUGGCACAGUUCAGUCAGAUUGAAAAAGUUUUCAAUGCGGCCAGUCACAAGAAGGUUUGGGAUCAUUUUACUAAAGCCCAAAGAAAAAACAUCGAUGCGUGGAAGAAGCAGUCACUGGACAUAAAAUGUGUACAGCUGGAUGAUUUCCCCGAUGAGGAUGGGAUGGACAUGUCCGAUGACGAUCAUUCUGUCUCCUCGCUGCCAUGCAAAAAGGCUCGCUGGGAGCAGGAUCAUAAGGACCACGCGGUCGAUACGGAUCGGGGCACGGCGGACAGUGCUGCCGAGCAUCAGUCCCUGCACGACAGCGAGCUCAAGAUGAAGAUCCUGCACAUUGAGGUGCUGCAGGAAACGAUCCGCAACCUGCAGACCCAGCUGCUCGAAAACAAAGCCAAAGAGACGGAACGCCAGAACCGCAUCUGCGAGCUGGAGGACGAGCUGAAGGAUGCGAACGUGAAGCAGCUGCUGCUGAAGACGAAAAUAGCCACCAGCAAGGCGGCCGCAUCCAGUGCCGCGAGCGUAUCGUCCUCGGGCAAGGGCGGUGACUCGGAGAGUGAAGAGUGUCCCGCGGUCCAUUUGCCGGACGGCGCCCCACUGGCCACGCCGGUGGAAAUGGUAAGCAAAGCGACGGAAACGGCCGCUGCCGAUGGGCCGACGGUGCCGGUGGUGCCGAACGAGCGGGAAGCCAAAAUGCUUGCCUUCGCCUCAACGUUUCUUAUGAUCAACCCGCACGGUGCACCGUUCGAGCAGGUCUGGGCGUACGUCGGUCGGUAUGUGAACGAGAUGAAGCCAAAGGAGCUGGAGGAUAUGUUUGCCCGCUACCGGCAGCUGUUCGAGCGGUGCAAUGCACCGGCUAGUGGCGAACAGCAGGUGCCGGGCGACGGGCCGAAUGCCAGCAGUAUCCCAUCUAGUCCCUGCUAUAGAUUUAUUGCCCACAAAGCACCCGCAGUACAGUAAGGCAAAUAGGUCGCUUCUAAAGCUUGCCGAGAGAUGUUAAUUUAGUAAUAGGUUUCUUUUCUCUUGUUGUUGUUGCUUUUAUUCAACUUUACCUUUGAACAAUCAUUGUGGCGUGGUGGAUGUUUGCAAAAUUGUGACAGUCAAAUUUUACUUCGAUUGAUAGCGUGUUGCGUACCGUAUAUACCACGUGUUGGUACUUAGGACGUUGUGCUGCUGCUUUAAGAAAAGCAGCACAAUAUGUUGUGUUCCUUUUAUUUUUCUUUAAAAAAGAACCCAUUUAAUUAUAAUAAGACACUCUUGAUAAUUAUUGUA